AUGAAGGUCCAAUCUGCUUUGCUCGCCGCCGUGACGGCUGGCGUUGUCGUGAGCCAGACCAACAACACCUCGCCGCCUUCAGAGGUACCAUACUAUGGCCUCAGCCCACCGGUCUACCCUUCACCGGUCGGAGGCGGAAAGACCAGCCCCAAGUGGUCCACUGCCUAUAAGCGAGCUAGAGCUCUCGUGGCUCAGAUGACCCUAGAAGAGAAGAGCAACAUCACCCGCGGCUUCACUGGCGCGUGUGUUGGUAACACCGGUAGCGUGGCCCGUCUCGACAUCCCGGCGCUUUGCUUCGCAGAUGCCCCUGAUGGAAUCCGAGGACAGGAAUUUGUCUCUGCCUUUCCGGCGGGUAUUCACGUUGCUGCUACCUUCGACCAAGGGCUCAUGGAGAAGUACGGCCGCGCUCUGGGCGAGCAGUACUACGCCAAGGGCAUUAAUGUAGCUCUUGGCCCCGUUGCUGGUCCUCUUGGUCGUACAGUCCGCGGUGGCCGAAAUUGGGAGGGUCUGUCGAAUGACCCUUAUCUUGCCGGCGUGGGGAUGGGCAAGAUCACCAAGGGCAUCCAAGAUGCCGGCGUCAUUGCUACACCAAAGCAUUGGCUGCUCAACGAGCAAGAAUAUCGACGUAUCGCAGGUCCCGCUGGUGCUGCUAUCAGCGCCAACGUUGACGAUAGGACGCUCCACGAACUAUAUGCGUUCCCUUUCAUGGACUCCUUGCGCGAGGGAGCAGGGGCUCUGAUGUGCGGAUAUAAUCGCGUCAACCAAUCCUACGUCUGCCAGAACUCGAAGCUCCUCAACGGCGUUUUAAAGACUGAGCUCGGUUUCGAGGGUUUCGUCGUGAGCGAUUGGGGGGCGCACGAGUCUGGCGUCUCUAGCGCUAAUGCCGGACUCGAUAUCGUAAUGCCGGACGGCGGCUACUGGGGCAACAACCUCACUGAGGCUGUCAAGAACGGCUCUGUCAGCACCGCUCGGCUUGAUGAUAUGGUCACACGAACGCUGGCCAGCUUCUUCUACCUCCGACAAGAAAACACCUUUCCCAGUCCCUCGGUCUACUCCAGCACGCAGAAGCACUUUGCAAUUAACGCGCAAGCAUGGGACCAUACUGAGCUGAUCCACGAGAUUGGAGCUGCCGGAACCGUGCUGGUGAAGAACGUUAACGGCACACUACCCUUCAAGAGCCCCAAAUUCCUCAAUAUCUACGGCUACGACGCCACUAUCAAGUCCGAAGCUUGGCAAAACCCAUCGCGAUAUGGUGGAGGUUACGAGGUCAAUUUUGGAUGGGAAACCUUCAACGGGACUCUGAUUACGGGUGGUGGUUCUGGCGGCAGUACACCAUCUUAUAUUAUCGAUCCCUUUAUGGCUAUUUCCGAGCGCAUCCGCAAGGACCGAGGCACCCUUCGGUGGGACUUCUGGUCCGAGAACCCGUCUCCGGCAUAUUCCAACGCUGAGCACUGCCUGGUAUUCAUCAACGCUUACGCCUCCGAGUCCUUCGACAGACUGACGCUGAAAGAUGAGUUCAGCGACAACCUCGUGAAGAACACUGCCGCCAAUUGCAGCAGCACCAUUGUCGUCCUUCAUUCUACCGGUGUUCGCGUGGUUGACGAGUGGAUCGACCACCCAAAUGUCACAGCCGUUCUGUUCGCCGGUCUGCCCGGCCAAGAGACAGGCCGGUCACUCGUUUCCGUGCUCUACGGUGACAUCAACCCCAGUGGUCGUCUUCCUUACACCGUCGCUAAGAACGAGACUGAUUACGGCGACGUCCUGAACUCGACCGUUACCGAUGAGUACUUUCCUGCUACAAAUUUCAGCGAGGGUCUGUUCAUCGACUAUCGCAAGUUCGACCAGGAAGACAUUGAGCCUCAGUUCGAGUUUGGCUUUGGCCUGAGUUACACCACGUUCGAGUACAGCGAUUUGACUACUUCACUCUUUGGCAAGGCCGCGAACGAGAGCUUUUCUGAGUUCCCGGACCCAGAAAUUGCUAUUGUGCAAGGCGGCCACCCCGAGCUGUGGGACCCUAUUGCCGUGGUCAAGGCCACCGUUGAGAAUUCGGGCAGCGUUGACGGUGCCGAUAUUGCGCAGUUGUACGUCAGCAUCCCCGUUGAGGACACACCAAUAAGACAGCUCCGGGGCUUCAAGCGGGUCGGCCCUCUGGCUCCGAGCCAGAGCAGGCGGGCUGUGUUUGAGCUGACGAGGAGGGAUCUGAGUGUCUGGGACGUGGAGAACCAGCAGUGGAGGCUGGCGAGAGGAGAGUACGGUAUCUAUGUUGGAAGAAGUUCUCGGGAUCUGCCGCUGAAGGGAUCAUUUACGAUCGAGUAA